CACUCGCUAAAAGGAGGAGAGGCGGUGAGGAGCUCUGACUUGUUCAACUCAAGUCCGUCAUGCAGAAAGCAGCACACCCACAAAGACACAGAGGGACAACUUCCAACGAGGCUAAGCGACGAGACAAUCUGGGCUUCUCCUCCUCCUCUUCGUCUUGCUGUUGACUUGCCCAUCCUCACCUCCUCUCGUGGGGGGGGGGGGGUGUUGCCAUCGCAUCUCGCAUCCAGACGCUAGCUUGAAAGGAACAAAAACUCCUGACUUUUCUUGACCAGAGGCCCACCAGCGCCCUCUAAAAACUAAGGCAACCUGAGUGCCGGUGGAUAACCCCGAUCCGAAGCGCAGCUUAGCGAAUUAGACCAGACCGUGGAGACUACAGCUUCCAUCCAGACAGCAAACCAAAGCGGGGCAUUUCUGCACUUUUUUCUUAUCCUCUUUGGUGUCAAACGGCUGCCGCUGUUUCAAUUUCCGCCAAGAAGUUUUGAUUUUCACGUCAUCUGUCAAAAUGGGGCCUGGAAUGGAAGCGGCCGACAUCGCGGUGGUCGCGCUGUACUUCGUCCUCGUGCUUGUCAUCGGGUUUUUCGCCAUGUGGAAAGCCAACCGCAGCACCGUGAGCGGCUACUUUCUGGCCGGACGCUCCAUGACGUGGAUAGUGAUCGGCGCCUCGCUCUUCGUGAGUAAUAUCGGCAGCGAACAUUUCAUCGGACUGGCCGGCUCGGGAGCGGCGGGUGGCUUUGCGGUGGGAGCCUGGGAAUUCAACGCCCUUCUGCUUCUGCAGCUGCUCGGCUGGGUGUUCAUUCCUGUGUACAUCCACUCGGGAGUGUUCACCAUGCCCGAAUACCUGUCCAAACGUUACGGCGGCAAUCGACUCAAGGUCUAUUUUGCUUCCCUGUCGGUUCUCCUCUACAUUUUCACCAAGCUGUCGGUAGACUUGUACGCCGGCGCGCUCUUCAUCCAGGAGUCCCUCGGGUGGAAUCUUUACCUGUCUAUAGUCCUGCUCAUUAGCAUGACCGCGCUUCUCACUGUCACCGGCGGGCUGGUGGCUGUUUUGUACACAGAUGCUCUUCAGGCCGUGUUGAUGAUCGGCGGAGCUUUAACAUUAACCAUCAUCAGCCUCGUUAAAGUGGGUGGGCUCGAAGGCGUCAGAUCGAAGUAUAUGGAAGCCGUCCCCAAUGUUACCGCCAUCUUGGCCACUGGGAACUAUUCCUAUUCUCCCUCCUGCCGGAUCCAUCCCAAACCCAACUCCCUUCGCAUUCUCCACGGCCCCUUGGAUGAAGACAUUCCAUGGCCGGGCUUCAUUCUCGGCCAAACCACCGCCUCCAUUUGGUACUGGUGUGCUGACCAGGUCAUAGUUCAGCGAGUGCUUGCAGCAAAGAACAUUGCUCACGCUAAGUGCUCGACGCUCAUGGCGGGCAUCCUGAAGAUCCUUCCCAUGUUUGUCAUUGUCAUCCCGGGCAUGAUCUCCCGCAUCCUGUUCGCAGACGAGAUCGCCUGCAUCGGGCCCGAGCACUGCAUGGCGGUGUGCGGCUCUCAGGCGGGCUGCUCCAACAUCGCGUACCCCCGCCUGGUCAUGGCCGUGAUGCCCGUGGGACUCCGCGGCCUGAUGAUGGCGGUCAUGAUCGCCGCCCUGAUGAGUGAUCUCGACUCGAUCUUCAAUAGCGCGAGCACCAUCUUCACCCUGGACAUCUACCAAACGGCUCGAAAGAAGGCGUCCCAGCGCGAGCUGCUCAUCGUGGGUCGCCUUUUUGUGGUGGUCAUGGUGGUCAUCAGUAUCGCCUGGGUUCCCGUCAUCAUCGAGAUGCAAGGCGGCCAGACCUACCUUUACAUCCAGGAGGUGGCCGGCUACCUCACCCCGCCCAUCGCCGCCCUCUUCCUGCUUGGCGUGUUCUGGAAGCGGUGCAAUGAAAAAGGGGCAUUCUGGGGAGGCAUGACCGGUUUCAUUCUGGGUACCAUCCGACUCAUCCUGGCUUUUAUGUACCGCCAGCCUCGCUGCGACCAACCAGACACCCGACCUGCUUUCAUCGUUCACGUCCACUACAUGUAUGUGGCAGCCGGUCUGUUCUGGAUCUCGGGUUUUGUGGCUGUGGUGGUCAGUCUUCUCACAUCUCCGCCGGAUGAGGAGCAGAUUCGCACCACAACGGUGUGGGGACUCCGUCACGUCGAAAAGUUGCCCGAGAGCAAAAAGGACAGAGAGCAAAUGUACGGGCUGACUGAGAAGAGCCACUGCAAUGGCGACGCGAGCUUGCACAAAGGUUUGCCCCCGGAUGUCAGAAAGGAAAGGUGUCUGGACGGCGCCGAUAUCAAACUCCUGGUCCCGUUCACCGAUCACGACCCGGCCACUCCCAGCGCAGAGCCGUCGCCCGCCACCACCCCCGCCGACAGGUUUGGAAAACUGGAUGAGGGAGAACGCCACGAGGCCAGCCGCUGUAUUCGCGUCCUGGACUGGUUUUGCGGCUUUAAGGAGCCAUCGCAGGACGCUCAGCCAAAAACGCCCCAGGACAACGCCAGGGUGAUUGCGGAAAUGCUGCACGAGCCCCCGCGAGUCAAACUUCUCCUCAAUAUUGGCCUGUUUUGCGUCUGCUCCGUCGGCAUCUUCAUGUUUGUCUUUUUCUCGCUGUAGUCACUCCUUGCAAUCGACUAACUGGUAAUGACUGGUUGGGGGAGAAGGCCGGGGGGGGGGCUUUUACCGAGGUGAACUUCGUUGUCGCGGGGGACCUGUUACACACAGAUGAAUUUAUAAAGCUUUGAAAAGCUCGGUCUGUAAUAUUUACAGUUGUCUUUUGUAGCUCUCUAACAGGGAUCUAAGCUUGUUCUAAUCAUUUUUUUUGGAAUGAUCAAAGCUUCCCCACCAACACAAAUGUACUCCUUUUCAAGACUUUUUGAAGCUUAUCUGGGCACUUGGCUGUCCAUUUUGUACAGCGUUUGAUGUUAAUCUUGCACUCUGUAUAUCUACAUCUUGAGGAUCGUUUUACUCCAAGUGAAUUUUAAUAUUGGCCUUAUUUGACAUAUGCACUCUUGUUUUUGUUUUUUUUUGUGAAAAGUUCUGUGAUUUAUUUCUUGUUGACUGUGACUGUAAACUGAGUUGCUACUGGAGCAUUCAUGUGUUAAGAGUUUAUUUAAGAUUGUAGACCAUAAACGUUGUGUUCUGAAGCUCAUGCUGCUUUGGUUUUUAAUUUAGAGGUGUGUCUGUUAAUCUUUCUUUUGACCUGGACAUUACAAUUAGCAUACCUCAUGAAGUAAAUCCAAACCAAGCCUCCCUUCUGUAUGAGGGACCAUUAUGACCCCCCCCCCCCACCCAUCUAAUCCGAUCAAGAUUUGCCUUUCUACGGGUGUACACUUAUAAUUAUCAAACACUUGGGAUGACAUCCCAUAUUAAAAUAGAAAGAAAAAAAAGCACAAAAUUGAGAUUGUUUCGUAUGGUACUUACCCGUGUGUGUCGUUCAAAAUGUGUUAUUAGCAGUUGUUUUUGAUGUUAAUUUUGAAAACCAACAACAACAAAAAAAGUUUUUAUGUACUACUAUAGCAUAACAACAACAAAAAAAGUACUCGUGAUUCUGUAUCCAUCUAUAUUUUAAGCGUAUCUUAUGUUAAGUUCAAAAAGUGUGUUAAGUCUGUUGCGUUUUAUUAAAAUAUUUUAUUUUAUUUUGGUUUCUUUCAAAUAUCAUUCUCAAGUAUAUCUACUGUGGCGGCGUGUACGCAAUACACUAAGUGUAUACAUUUGUUUUGCAAGUGCAACUUUUGUACAAGUUUUUACCAAAUGUGUCUUAGUGUGAGUUUCUAGAAGGGGUGCUGGGGGUGUGGGGGGGGGUCAUGGAGAGUCAAAUAAUAGACAAACAAUGUUUUAUACUCAAACUUGUGUGCUGUGUCAUUAAAGCCAUCUGAUAAAUCA